GCACGCACGCACGCGCACACACACACACACACACACACACACACACACACACACACACACACACACACACACACACACACACACACACACACACUGCACAAAAAAACAAGAUGAAUAAGCAGGCUUCUGGUCUUCGCAGUACUUCUGCCUUAUUAUUAAAAAACAUGCUGCGUUGUCAAAACUGUUGAUAAAAAUGAAUGUGCUCCAGAGAACGUCUUGUACUCUUCCCUGCCACGUAUCACACAGAAGACACGUCUCGUGGACCAAUCUCCCAAUCUCACUUUAUACAAUUACAAGGAUAGAAUCUCACGGCAGUUUGUUGCUCCAAAGACCCUCUUUAUCCUAAUUGUCAUUGUUGUGCUCAUAUUUGUGAGAUAUUUCCUGACUGGUUUAAAACCUGUGAAAUAUCGGAAGCCUGACUAUUACCCUCACUGGAAAAAGUCAAACCUUCUCGCAUGCGAAGGGAAAGUGAAAAAUGACCCAAUCAUUAAAGUCACCAAUCUUAAAACAUACAUGGUUGGCUCCUAUGUAGAGCACCGACAAGAGGUGAAGAGGAUAAGAACAAUUGCUAUAGUGCUUCUCAGUGAAAAUGCAGAGUAUCAAUGCAUGCUGUGCUGCAAUGGGAAGAAUGUGUCAGUAUCUGCUUCUUUAAACAUUCACUCUGAUCACUAUGGGUUUGAGUACGGCACUGCUGAUAUUAUAUGCCAAAUACCGGAAGAGUGUCCAACACCAACACAUGUGGCUAUCACUCCCAAAUCACCUAAAGAGAAUGGAUUACUGCAGGAUAUUCAUGCCUUCCAACCUGUUAGGAAUCAACAGAAACAGGAAGUUUUUCCCUAUGAAUUCACAGUUUGCAUUUCUGCCAUGUAUGACUAUGAGAAUGUAUUGCUGCUUGUUCAGGCCAUGGAGAUGUUCAGGAUACUCGGUGUCCAGAAGGUAGCUAUUUACAAAACCAACUGCAGUAAAGAUACACAGAAGGUCCUGGAUUAUUACGUCAGUCAGAACUUUGUGGAGCUCAUCCCUUGGAGUGUAUCGUCCUACAUUAAUGUAUCCAGAGGCUGGAAGAAGCAGGUAUCGCCAGGGGAACUACACUACUUUGGGCAAAUCGCAGCACUUAAUGACUGUUUGUAUCGUUACAUGUACAAGAGUCACUAUGUAGCUCUUCAAGAUCUGGAUGAAUUCAUUCUACCUUUGAAUUUUAACAAUUGGGCAGAGCUUCUGCCUGAAUUGGAGAGGAAAUAUGGUCAGGAGGUGGGAUUUGAGUUUGAGAAUAAUUUUUUUCCUAUUUACUUGAAGGAUCCAAAAUCCAAAAAGUAUUCACCAGACUCCUGGAAGAAGGUUCCGGGACAAAACAUUUUAGAAUAUGUUUAUAAGUUAAUCAAUGAUCCUUCAAAAUUCAAUAAUUUCAAAGUUAUUGUAAAUCCUCGUCUAGUGUUUGAAACUACAGUCCAUGGAUUGUUGAAAUCAAUGAAGGGUACUGUGAGAGUGAACCCUGAAGUUGCCCGCAUGUAUCACAUAAAGAACUUUAAGAAAGAAGAUGCGUUAACAAAUAAAAUCAUACUGGACACUCAUCUCAGAGACUAUGCAGAUAGGCUGAUACCUGCUGUUUCUGAAGUGCUUCAUAUUGUACUAAAAUUGCCAAAAGUGUAAAACAAGUAUAUGUAAAAAGUAUGGUCAUGAUAUGUUAAGAGUAAAGAAGCCAUUUUAUAUAAACAUGCCAAGCAAAUCUAAACAUACCAAAUGCACGCUGAUAAAGCUGGAGAGUUUAGCUGAAUUGUACAAGACAGGAAGCGGUACAUUUCCAAAGAAUAUUUCUUAAUAAAAUAUUUUUUUAUGAAAUAUAA